GAUCCAGCAGCAGCCAUCCGCGUUCAGGACGAUGGCGCGAAACAGGUCAAUCAGCGCUGGAGCUUGCAGAUCGGAGAGGUUUCCCAGGAACGCCUUGCUUGCAAGGGCGGGAGCGACAGCGUGGUUUCACAGCACAUCUGGGACAAGAUGGAGCCCAUGAAACAGCUGGGCCGCAUCAUUGACCUCAACGGAGGCAUCUGCUCGUGCUGCGCGGCAGCCGCGGCGGCGAGGAUCCUGGCCUCUUUGCACGGUCUGGAUCAAGGGCUGCGCCGGGCAACCGAGGGUGCCAAGCUUCGGUUCCUGAACAGCGGGGUCCUGAGCAUAGCCAA